AUGUCGAACAAUACAAAAAAUAGAUUCACCUGUACAAACUGCAAAACUAUUACAUGCAAGUCUCCAAAAUCAAACGCUGCUGAAAUAAAUUUUGGUUCUUCAAUGGAAAAAAACAUUGAAGAACUUAUGAAGUCGGUAUCGUUUAUGAGCGCACAGUUUGAUAAUAUUAGUAACAAACUUGAUAAUGUAAUCAUUGAAAUAAAAAAUAUUAAAAUUGAAAACGAGAAAAUAGUAAUAGAGAAUAAACGUCUAUCGGAAGAAGUUGAUAUCUUAAAAUCAAAAAUUGAUGAAAUAGAACAGUACAACUUAGGAAUAUCAGUGGAUAUUACUGGUAUACCGAAAACUCAAAGUGAAAACUGUAAACAAAUUGUUGAAGAAAUUGGUAAGAAAACAAAUACUGAAAUUGAUGUUAUUGAAGCCUAUAGAAUAAACACGUCUAUAUCUAAACGCAGUUUAAUUGUAGCAAAGUUAGCUAAACUUGAAAUGAAAAAAAAUUUAAUUCGCAACGUGAAGUCCAAUAAACUAACAACUCAAAAAAUGAGUAAUGAGUGGCACAAAGAAAAUAUUUAUGCGAAUGAGAGACUCACGAAACUCAGAAUAACACUUUUUUAUCAAACGAAAGUAGCUGCUACAACAAAAGAAUACAAAUUUGUCUGGGUGUCCAAUGGAGAUAUUCUUGUGAGAAAAAAUGAAAACUCAAAAAUCGUAAAAAUCAAGUCAUCUCAAGACAUCAAUAAUUUGUAG